UUAAAUUAAAAAUGAUUUACGAAAAAAAUAUUUUGUAUUGUUUGUGUUAGUUAAAUAAAAACAUAAUUAAUACGUGAAUCGUUUGGUAUGAAAUAUGCUACUGAUUUUUAAUAAUUUUUAUGGUUAAAAUUGUAUUUUGAUUAAUAAAACAUAUUUAUAUUUUAUUCGGCGAACAAAAGUUUAAAAAACGAACUUUUUUGUUAAAAUAUUUGAAAAAAGAAAAAAACUUUUCACAACACCCACAAGAUACCGACCGAACAUUCGCUUUAUCAGCUGUCAGGUGCGAACGGAAUGAAAACACACUUGCGGCCAUCGUAUCACACCUACGCAUGCAGGAGCAAUCGCACACCAACCGAUCAGAUAAGCAUCAGAUUUUCCAUUGAAUUCAUGACGCUCGAACAGCGCCUUUAGUGCGCCGAUUUCCGUAUUCGUGUGUGCGUGUGAAGCAUCCAUCGUGCGUUUGUUGCGCUCGCGAGUCUCAUCGAUCGUCUACUAACGUUUGGUGCGUUUAGUAGCAACCGGUACACAUCGGAGCGUGCACCAUAUUAUACACAAAAAGCGGAAGAGCUAAAAACUUGAGCUGACUUUCCCGGCCCGGCCUGACGUUUUUCGGCAAAUCAUUUCGUGGUGACCGACGAGACAGGUGGAAGCAGUGAAAGAAAAAAUCGAACAAACUAUUUUUUUCUUUUGGGUAGGAGAAGGCAUAAUUCUAUGUGAACCGUCAAAAAAAACCUCCCCGCAAAAAAAAACAGUCAAAUGCAGAUCCCGUACGCAAUCCCCACCAGAUGAUGAUGAAAAUGUGUGCUGCUGUACCGGGGGUAGAGAAACAACAGAGACAGGAUAGGAGCGGGUGAAAGAGAUGGAAAAAAUUAGGCGAAAGAAAGAGGCACCCUUUCCCCUAAACUAAAACAUAGCUUGCUGCGCUCGCAUAAGAUGAAUGCAUUCGAUCGGUAUUCGUAAACGGGUUACAUUCGUCUUUAUACGGCCGGCCGACGUGUCGAAAAAGGUGUCAAAAGAAAGCAGCUUCCGGGCUGCGACGGUAACAAGCAGAAUAUCACCGUCAGUGUGUGUGUGUGCUUUUUUUUUUAAAUUGGCCAAUGUGUUAUGGUGCGAGUGAUAUUUGCAUUAAAAUGUAUUAAACAGAAUCCGUAGUGUUCCGUGUCCGUGUGCCAAGAGUGCAUGUAUGCAAGCAACAAAAUGGCUCGUAAAUAAAUUGCAUACGAUGAUGGUGCAGUGUGCAGUAAAAGUGCAAUUGCAGUUCCAAAAAUUUCGCUCCAAGUUUUUACAGUGCCUAAUAUAGUGUUGUGGCGCGCAUCCUCAGUUACUGAUCGUUCGUACACGUGUUCGGGGUUUCCAUAACGCCCACCAGCCCCAUCCAUAAACCGAAACCCAUCCACACCGGUAAACCAGGUGGCAACGUUAGUGUUUUUCUUUUCACUUUGUCUCCCCGUGGGCAGUGGGCCAUUACGUGCGGCCUUCGAGCGAUGUGCGUCUACAUUGUCGCCGUCGUCGAAUGGCUUGAUUCGAAGCGCAAACACACGCACACGAGCCUGCGGGUGGUGAGCUGAUAAAGAUGAACGUUGGACAGCACACCGGUCCGGGGCCGCCAUUGAGCCGCAAUGGCUGCUCGGACCGUUCCGUCACGGGUCCGUCCUGUCGGGCGCUCCGGACCGCCGUAUCGGCCCUUUACUGUUUGGACGAUUUUCACCGCGAACACAUAGGGUCCGGUUUCUUCUCGGAAGUGUUCAAGGUGACACAUCGGACAACCGGUGACGUAAUGGUGCUGAAGAUGAAUCAACGGCGUGCCAACCGACCCAACAUGUUGCGUGAGGUUCAGCUGUUGAACAAACUGUCACAUCCGAACAUCCUGAGGUUUAUGGGCGUCUGCGUACAGGAAGGACAGCUACACGCCCUCACAGAGUACAUCGAGGACGGUUCGCUGGAGCAACUGAUCGCGAACAAGGCACAGUACCUUCCGGCACUCUGGAAGAUAAGAAUCGCCCUGGGCAUUGCUCGUGGAAUGCAGUACGUACACGACGUUGGUAUCUUCCAUCGCGAUCUUACAAGCAAGAAUGUGCUUGUGAAACGGUUACCGGAUGGAAUGUUCGAUGCAGUCGUUGGAGACUUUGGACUAGCGGCUAACAUCCCCAGAAAGUGUGGUAAACCUCGCCUUGACACUGUUGGCUCACCGUACUGGAUGAGUCCGGAGUGUCUGAAAGGACAGUGGUACGAUCAAACCAGUGAUGUAUUCUCCUUUGGAAUAAUUUUGUGUGAAUUAAUAGCUCGGAUUGAGGCAGAUCCGGACAUUAUGCCCAGAACUGAUACGUUCGGUUUGGACUAUAUUGCUUUUGCUGAUGUGUGUCCAAACGAUACGCCACCGGCGUUUUUAAGACUGGCCUUCUACUGUUGUACUUAUGAUCCAAAGAGUCGACCAACAUUUACGGAGUGUGUAAAAAAGUGCACACUGCUGUCGGAUGUGUGCGAGGAUAGCUACAACCAUUUGCAGCAGCAGCAGCAAGCACACUACCGCAUGAACAUAGCUAACGGAAGUGCGAUCUCGAACGGUGUUGGUGUGAAUGGAUUGAACGGUUCCACCAGCAGCAGCUCCGAACCGGUGCCAGCAGUGAGCGAGCACAGUUCCUCGGGCAGUAGCACAUCCACCACACCGUCGGGCAGUGGAGAAUAUUCGCAAAACCCGCUGCACCAUCGGCGCUCACUGUCGGAGAAUGUGAUCGUAUUUCCACCGCACACGACGCCGAGUGAUAAGGCGCGUUAUCAUAUGUACCAACGGGGCAACUCAGUUGUUCGGCCGGCCGAACCAGCUAUUCCAGAAUCGCCCACCUACUCAAACCAAACGCUCCGGAAGGUCGCGGAAACGAUGCUGCUGAAGGAUUCGCAGUACAAACCACGCGCCAAAACGGAACAGGGUGCCGGCACGAAAGCGAACCCGUUCAGUGCGCUGUCGCAGCUCAAGGGCGUUAAAAAGAUUCUCGGACCCAAACCAGCCGUAACGACGUACAGUUCUGGGGAUUUGUUUAGUUCCUGCUUCGAAAUAUCGGCUCCAUACUUUCGGGCCUGGAAUUCGGUGCAAAAUCAGAUCGUGCGCAAUGCACGUGAUGGUAGGAGUUGUGUUGGUUUGGCAAGUACGAGCGGUUCCAGCUCGGGCGGUGGUAAUGGCGAAGGGCAACCGAAAAGCUUACCAAACUCACCCACGUCACCGCGCAAGGAGUAUGGCGAGGAGGACGACGAACAUACGGCCGGUGGUGCGUUAGCGAACGAGUACCGCAAAGUGUCGCUCGGAAACGUUCGAAAGUAUCGGGCCAGCUUCACCGAACUCUCUAGUCAUCCACUGUACAAGAGUGGCCAAAUUGAGACUGAAGUAACGUGUACCGGCGCGAUGCCGUCGGUAAAGGCACCAACGGUGGCAAAGGCAGCGAACACAACCCCCUGCAUCAGUGCUGCGGCGUCCGCAAAUACGGUCAAUUUAACUGCUGUAAAGAAAAUGUCCAACGGUAGUGUUAAACCUAUAAUGCCUUCCAUCGUGUCAGAGGAUCCUGCUGAUGAGGAAUUGGAACUGAAUGAGGAGGAGUCAAAAGUUGGUGGGAAAAGUUUGAAAACCCCCGGCAGCAGUAAUGGUAGCAAUCUGGUACAUUUGUGUGGUAGUAAUAAUGGGGACAGUGGCACGGAGGAGGGUCAAGAUGGGGCAAGCUGUGAUGGAGAGUCAACCCAGCUGGAGGAUGAAGAGGAGGAGGAGGAGGAGGAAGAGGUGGUUGUCGUUGUUAGGCAGAAGCAUGAGGGCGACCAGAGAAAUGGUGAAGAUAGACUGAUAAAUGCCACAACUGGUACAACUAUCCCUAGUGAGUCAAGUACGAUAGGUCCAAGCGGGAAGGAAGUAUGUCCAGAAGGAGACGGAGUGUUGGAGACACCGCGUAUUCUCACCAGACGGGGAUCAACGGAAAGUGGAUUCUUCUCUUGUCUCAAUGAAGACUUUGGCACGUACAAAUCUUCACCGUGCUGCUGUUUGGAACAGAUAGCACACUUCGAAUCGACCGACCGACUGUCCAUGUGUCGAUGCAUAUAUGCCGGGGCAACGACGCUUACCAGUGGCGGACCUGGAACAGCAUCGAGCGGAACACCUGCCGAUGGAUUGACCGGUCUGAUGUCCAACCAAACGCUAAACGACAGUUCGAGCAUAUUGUUUUUCGACGACAGCUCCACGACGGUCAGUUCGCUGCGAAGUAUGGACGAUUUGGAGCUUUCGGAUUCAAUACGCAAGCGUUUCAACCAUCACCAUCACCUGCAUCACCUGCAUCCGGUACAUCAUCAGCUGCACGGUCGGCAUCAUCACGUACUGAGCAACGUCGACAUCGAUGCACGUUCGAUUGACAUGGGUUUGAUAAAUCGUUUAGCGCUCGAUUCGGAAAUCAGCAGCAUGAUCCAGAAGAACCAGUUCACCAACCAGCUGCUGUACUGCAAAAAUCGUUCGUCAUCGAUCUUUACCGACAGCUCGGACGAUAUCAGCAGCCUGGCCGGUUCGGACUCGCUGCUGUGGGAUGACCGGUCCUGCCCGAACAUGCCCAACACACGCUCGGCCCAGAUCGCCAAAAUCGUCGAGUACUUCGAACGUAAGGGGCAAACAUUCAAACCAUUCACUGUACCUGAUACGCUUCAGCUGGGCGCGUCCGCCUCCGGGAGCCACUGCGGUGGUGCGGGUAGCUCGGUACAUCUGCAGCAUCAUCAUCACCAUCAUCAUCAUUACCAUCGCCCUAGUGCGGCCUAUUCGACGGGAGCGACUACACCAUCCUGUAUCGCGAUGAGCGCUACGGUAACUAACGGUGUCGCAGCAGCGGCAUCCGCAAACACACCAACAGCAACACCAAACGGAACAGUUAACGAAGGUGGACGAACACAUGCGUCCACCGCAACGGUGAUCACAUCUGCUGCAGCAAACACAAAGCUGUCACAGGCCGAACUGAAGCAGCGCUUCGAAUAUGAAGCGUUCUGUUUGGAGUUGGAACGGAAGCAGCAAGCUUCCGGUGCCGUCCCAAACGCUCCCCAGAUUCGGUUAAACAACAUCUGCGAAGGAAACGUUCGCUCGAAGUUGCAACUGUUCGAUAAGCUGAAGCAGCAGAGCGUUGCAGCGACUGUGGCCACUGCAAAUGGAGGAGUCCCACUGACUAGUAGCACCAGCAGCAGCAGCGUCAGUAGCAACGGUAGCAGCACUAAUUGCACCGCUUCCGGCAGCAACAUGAACGGGUUAACCAUAAUAGAUAAGUAGGGAAACAAGGGGUAUGAUACAAUGUCGUUACAAUCGUUGCCAAAAGCAAUCCUUUAUUACGGCUCUCAUAUGUAAGACCAGUAGGCAAAAAGUUACAAACGCUAAACAAAGCGGUAUUUGCAGUUGUAGUAAUAUAAGUAGUACUAUGGAACUACUUACCCACUGUAACGUGCGUUCAAAACAGACGGUUAGAUAAAAUUAGCAGAAAAACAAUAUGUUGUUAUAUAUGUUUCUCCGUCCUAACCGUCAGUGACAGUGUAAAAAGACAAACAAACAAAUUCAUCAAAACAUAAAACAAAUCGAAAUGCGAACCAAGUGCGCCAAAACAAUUCUAACGUAGAACCUGAUUAGAUGUGUCAAACAAAACAACACAAAAGUAAAAACAAAUCCGUACAGUUGAAAAGAGGAGAACAUGUAGUAGAGUAUACAUAUAUAUAUUUCAAUUUUUGCACCGCGCCAUCGAGCCACUCUUGCCUCCCGGGCAUCCAUCCCUGUGCAAUAGAAAAUUAAGAGCAAUAGUUAAUAAACUUGUUUAGAAACCCAGGAUCCGUGGGAGAAGUCUACGGACGCUGUAGUCGUUAUUGUCGUAGGUGCAAAUACGAUCCCACAGUGUCGGCGCAAACAGGGCUAAUGCUGCUGACGCCACUUCACUCUUCUCCCCAGGAUGCAAAACUUCCAUCUUCUAAAAUGCUACCGCUGGGGCGUGAACAAUUAGAGAAGCUAGUUAGCAUUGGUGCAAGUAAUCAAGAAAACCGUUUUUGAACGAUCGAUAGUUCCAGGAUUUAAAUCAACUGCAUGAAGUAAACAAUUUGCCAAACGUACUAUUGUAGAAGCAGAGUUGUGUAACAUACAACCUCAACAGUAAAAAAACACUUACAAACAGUCACAAACAAAAAGGAGAACAAUCCGUUAACGAAACAGCGAAACAUAGGGCAACUAGAAAAUGCGGGAUGCGAAAGGAUGAACCACCACCCGCCCCCAACAGGUUUGUAGAAAGUCUGAAUGGCCAACUUGUGUGAAAGAGUGAAUCAAUUCGUAAACUUUUUGACGUCCAUUUUUUAAAAGCAAUUAAUCAUUAUAAAUAGGUACACGGUAGAGAUGGAAAAAGGUAGAAACAAACACAAAAUAUGUACAUGGAGCGGAAGUAGAAAAGACAUAAGAAUCAAAUAUAGCCCGAAGAAUAUGGGAAGUUGUAAAAAACAAGGAGUAAACCAUAUACAAUGUUUAAACGAUGUGAGGAUGAACACUUGUAAGGAUGUUUGUUUGUUUUUUUCCUUUCUUUGUAUGUCUCCUGUGAGGUGAACUGAACUGGUAGGAUGUAGCAAAAAAACACAGCUGUGCAGAAGAAAUAAUGCCAAAAAAAUGCGAUCUACACACAUGUACCACGCGGUGCACGAAAUGGGCCCGCCUGUUCCUGCUAUCCUUUCGAUGUACGCAUUCACUAACACUACACCCAAAACCACGACUAUCAGUUUUCGGUUUUGCCCCUGCCGGCAUAUGUCUCCUAAGUCUUCCCUAAGCCCGGUGUAGGUGCUUCGGUGUUGCUGUGUUUUCCCUACGAAAUACACAAAACGAAGUCGAAGUGGCAAUUUUACAUAUUUAAGUUAAAGGUACCAUCACAUCAUUCGAGACUCAGCAUCAGGAAGUAUGUUUUAUCAUAUCGUUCGCCACUAAUCCAUUUGCUACCUCCACGCAACUGCUAUUGCUGCUAGUUCUAUUCUAUUCUACCAUUGGCAGCGAAUCCUUAGCGCAAACCAAUAUCGUACAAGUAUUCUUUUUGUCUGUUUUCUUCAUUUUACCAACUAGUAAAAGAUGGGCAUGUUUGCAAUAUACUGAUUUAGCUACGUAUAGUGGAUAGAGAUUAGUUACGUUACGUUAAGUUAGUGUUAAUUAGUUUGCAGCGUGUAUGCUUUCAGGGCUUAUCGAGACCCUCCUUAACAGUGCGGUGUCACUGUUUUAGCGACUAGUGUUUGAACAGGCAGCUCGGUUCCCGCGGGAUGAGAUUAUUUAUUGCUACUCUUCUAUCACUCUAGAUAUACCUCUACGCCACUACAAGUGAUCUACCACUUCCUCUUCGCGUUUAAGCGCAUGUGCGCACUCUUGUUUAGCAAAAACAGAUAAGAACUCUGCAAGGUCUUAGGUAUUUAGUACGUUGGUUUAAUCAUGUCUAGAUGUUUGGUUUUUUUUUCUUCCUUUCUUUCGUGUGUGUGCUGUAAAUAGUUCAGUUAGAAUGUGUACGAGCGCCACUAACGGUGCGUACUAAUUUUAAAUCACACAAUCACACCCAAUUUACAAUCAUCAGGAAAAUCAGCAAGUAUUACCGUACUAUAUUUAUCACCCGCAGCGUAUCGUUUUGUGUUGUUUUGUAAUAACAAAAGUAGAAGAAAAAACAAACACAAACGAUCAGUUAAGUUUCACGAUCCUUUUACCUGUUUUGUAUGGAACGAUUUGCGUUGCGUUGCACAGCAAGUGAACAUAAUACGUUUUGGUUUUGUCGUCAAACGCGCGUCUUUGUCGCGAUAACAUUUCGGAUCCAUCCAUAACAAACAACCGUACACAACUAUAUAUAUAUAUAUUCAUACUGCAUAGAGGCGGUGCCACACCGUAGUACAACACGCAUGUUCGUUUAUAUAAAAGAGCAAAAACUGUUAUUUGACGUUUCUUAGGUACCCUUACCGGACAGGUUUAACUAUAGUAAAUGUAAAAAAAAAAACAAUGUUUUCUUCUUCUACCACCUGAAAGGAGGUUAUGUAUGCAGGGCUGAAAGAAAGUAAAGGAAAUGUUUGAAGCAAAAAAAAACAAACAAAAAAUUGGCAAAAAUACGGCAAGGAAUACAAGUUUUCACAAUAGUUAUAACACAACUGUUGCAAUAUUGGGUGCAAAGUGAUGGAACGUUUCUUGCACCUAGCACCCGUUCCAAAUGUAUCGCUUGUAUAUAGAAAAUAUACAUAUAUAAAUUUAUUAUAUAUUUGAACGUAAUUAUUGCCGUACCAUUGAACAGCAAAACGGGAAUAGAGGAGUACACAAACAAUUAGAACAAAAUUUGUGCAACCAUACUUCGAGAUUGACCUGCAAAACAUACGAAAUAGGAAAAGAAAAGGGGGGAAAACCCCCUGCAAGACAGUUCGUGAAGUGAAUGAUUUACUUUUGUGGAAAUUAAAAUAAAACAAAUCAAUCCACCAUGUUCCGUGGUGGCAUUAGUACAUGAGUUGCAAACUGUGUCAAAUGAAAUAAAAAAACUGAACAAAAUGUUAAUAAACAUUAGUGAAAAACAAACAAGUGAAA